AUGAUCAAUGCAACUACUUUGAGUUCAUUUUCCUUAUUGGGACUGAAUGACUUAACAACAAAGCAGAGAGUCAUUGUUUUCUCUUUUACCUUGUUGUGCUAUUGUGCGAUUUUUCUAGUGAAUGGCGCUCUUAUUUUUAUUAUCCUAUUGGACGAAAAACUUCAUGAACCCAUGUACAUCUUCCUGUGUAAUCUGUGCAUCAAUAGUCUUUAUGGGACAACAGGCUUUUACCCCAAAUUCCUUUAUGAUCUAUUGACGGACUCUCAUGUCAUAUCUUAUAUUGGUUGCCUGUUGCAGAUCUUUGUUAUAUACUCCUAUGUAGCAACUGAUUUUUCUAUUUUAGCUCUUAUGGCCUAUGACCGAUAUGUGGCCAUAUGCCGACCACUGGAAUAUCACGCUGUUAUGACUAAACACAGGAUCGUUUUGUUGCAGUGUUUGUCCAGGCUUGUUCCAUUGUUCUGUCAUGUUGUUAUAUUGGUAAUGACCUCUAGACUCAAAUUAUGUGGCUUGCACAUAGAAAAGAUUUAUUGUGAGAACUGGUCGAUCCUUAAACUUUCCUGCGAUUCGAUCACAACAAAUAACAUUAUGGGAUUUAUUUUUAUAUCUUUCUAUUUUGGGCAUGACCUCUUCAUCAUGUUCUCUUAUGCGUAUUUGGUAAAAUCAGCUAUAAACUCCAGAGAGGGCAGGAGAAAGUUCAUGCAGACCUGUGUGCCACAUUUAUUAUGCUUGAUAAAUGUCUCAGCUGCUCUGCUCUUUGACCUCAUGUACGCCAGAUAUGGAUCAGCGUCUGUGCCGCAGACUGUAAAGAACUUCAUGGCCGUAUAUUUUCUGAUCCUUCCACCUCUAUUCAACCCUAUUAUUUAUGGAUUUAAAUUGACCAAAGUGCGCAACAGUUUGUUGAGUUUGUGUGCAUACACUAAACAGGGAUUAGGUUGA